UUGCAUUUAUACUGUAAACGUAUAUAUGAAGGCAUAAUUUAUUAUGUCUAUGAUCUAUACUCACAAACAAUUAUCAUUAGCUAUUAUUUUUAUUUACCAUUCAUUGGUUAAUAAAAAACAUUAUAAAUAUAUAAUUAUAAAAGUUUAUGUAUUGUACCUUUUAGAAUACAUUUUUGAAUGUUGAAAAUAGGCUUUUUAGGCGCCGGCAAAAUGGCCCAGGCUUUAGCAAAAGGUUUUCUAGCAGCGGGUCUUACUAAAGGAGAAUUAAUUACAGCUAGCUGUGUUCCACAAGAUAUUCAAUGUAUUAACACGUUUGAGAUGUUGGGGUCAAUUGUAACUUUUGACAAUCGAGAAGUUGCUGAUAAUUCAGAAAUUAUUUGUUUGGCUGUUAAACCCAAUGUUGUAAAAUGUGUUCUUAAACAAGUACGACCAGCAAUAACAUCUAAUCACCUUCUAUUGUCAGUGGCAAUGGGUAUUACAAUUAAACAAUUAGAAAAGAGUUUACCAGAAGAUUCACGUGUGAUGAGAGUAAUGCCAAAUACACCAACAUUGGUUCAAUGUGGAGCAUCAGUAUACGUUUCUGGAAGUAAAGCUACAGAGGAGGACGAAAGUCUUACUUAUAAAUUACUAUCUUCUGUUGGUACAGUUGAACGUGUUUCCGAAUAUCUCUUGGAUCCUAUAACUGCAUUAAGUGGUUCAGGCCCAGCAUAUGUUUAUUUGAUAAUCGAAGCUUUAGCUGAUGGUGGCGUGCGGAUGGGACUUCCCAGAGAUAUUGCUUAUCGACUAGCAACCCAAACUGUUUUAGGAGCUGCUAAAGUCGUCAAAGAAACAGGUGAACACCCUGGAAAAUUGAAGGAUGAUGUAACCUCACCUGCAGGCUCUACAUCAGCGGGUCUUUAUGCACUAGAACAAGGAAGAAUAAGGUACACUAUUAUUGAUGCUAUUGAACAAGCCACAAAUAAAUGCAAAGAAACUACAAAUACAGAAUUGAAAAUACUUCAACAAUAAUUUUAUUACUAAGUAAUUUAAAUAGAAUAUAUUAUUUGCUGUUUAUUAUUGAUUAUGUGAAAAUAGUACACUAACAUCAAAAUAAAAAUAAUUUUUUUUUUAUAUUUAUACAUUUAUAAUUUAAGAAUUAUUAUUAUUUGUCUUCUUUUUUUUUUUUAACUCUCCAUAACUUUUAAAUGAUGUA